AGUGGUCUGGAGGACUGCUCCUGGACCUGGUCCCCUCCCGGAGUAACAAAAGAAAGCUGGAAGUGUUGUUGACCUUCUGACCUGGAAUAUGAAUAAGCUUCUUCCUCUUGAAUAUGAAUACUUUGUUAACCGCCUCACGGGAGCUGCUGCUGUCGAACGCAAAGGCUCAUGGGAAACGUUCGUGUUCCAGUUGUUAGACACACAGAAUAUGCUCCCUGUUCAUAUCAUGCGUUCAUGUUUAAAGUGAUCGAAUCACAAAUAUAUGAUUUCAUAUUUAAAAAGGCUCAGUAAUAUAAAUUUUACAUUUCUAAACCUCAGAGGUUUAUUUAGAAAAGACGGACACGUUUUAUCCGAGAUCUGCUUUGAGGAGACGUUCUCUCUGAUGGAACCCUUUUGACUCCUGUCAGUCAUGUUUGACCUCUGAACCAGCGCAGUGACCUUUGGAGCUGAAGCACGGCUUCAGGAGACGCAUUCUCUGGAUACCUGAAGCUCCCGUCUGGGGUGGGGCUCCGGGUAACCCUCCGUUAGCUCCGUUAGCUCUGUUAGCUCUGUUAUCUUCGUUAGCUCUGUUAGCUCCGUUAGCUCAGGCAUGCGGCGUGCUCCGACCGGCCCGGCGACGCCCACCUCGCUGCUCUGUAAUUACCCCCUUAGCUGGUUCCUUCAGGCCUCGACUGAAUGUUGACGAGUACGUUCCUGCACACGGACGUCUCCUCCGGGUGUCUGAUUCCCGGCAGGAAGUGUGCAAGUCACUGAGUGACAGUGUGGGCUCCAGGAGGCGGGGCUUUGCCCAGGAGGCGGGCUUAGCCAAAGGCCGUUUAUAGGACUCCUCCACCGUCUCCUCCACCUCCUCCUCCACCUCCUCCACCGUCUCCUCCUCGUCUGCAUUCCUCGGUGUUCAAAGGACAAAGCUCUAUUGUUCCUGACGAUGAAAGGAUGCUGCAGGAACCCAACGAGGGUCUGAGCCCGACCUGAACCCCCCCACCAUGAACCUGCUGUGCCGCGGCCGCCUGAAGCUGCUGGUGGCGUCGCUCACAGCCGGCGUGCUGCUCACCUGGCUCUACCUGCUGGCCGGGAACCUGGAGAACGGGCGCUCCCUCCUCUUGGCGCCCUGCCUGGCCGACACCCCGGCGGCCCGGGUCCUGGAGCGGGCCGUGCUGGAGUCGCGGGUUCGAGAGGUGGAGGAAGAGAACCGGCGUAUCCGGCUGCAGCUCAGCCAAUCGCAGGGCGGCGCCGGCGUCGUCGCCGGGCAGCCGCCGGACGGCAACUACGGCAACCAGCAGUGGGGGGCGUCGGCCGACACGGGGCCGGAGGACGGCGACAACACGGCGGAGGAGAGGAACAACCACACCGAGUGCCCGCGCUCGCCCCCCGUGCAGAAGUGUGAGCUCAUCCAUGUAGCUUGUGUUUGUGCCGGUCACAACGCCACUAGAGACGUAGUCACACUGGUGAAGUCCGUCCUGUUUCACAGGAGGAACCCUCUCCACUUCCACUUCAUCACCGACACGGUAGCCAAUCAGAUCCUGAGCGCGCUGUUUCAGUCCUGGAUGGUCCCGUCUGUGCAAGUCAGCUUCUACGAUGCCGAUGAACUCAAGUCCGAGGUGUCGUGGAUACCCAACAAGCACUACUCAGGUAUUUACGGCUUGAUGAAGCUGACGCUCACCAAAGCGCUGCCCGCCGACCUCUCCAAGGUCAUCGUCCUGGAUACGGACAUCACCUUCGCCACCGACAUCGCCGAGCUGUGGGGCAUCUUCAGGAAGUUCACCGAUAAACAGGUGAUCGGCCUGGUGGAGAACCAGAGCGACUGGUACCUGGGGAACCUGUGGAAGAACCACAAGCCCUGGCCCGCGCUGGGACGCGGCUUCAACACAGGUGUCAUUCUGCUCUACCUGGAGCGACUGCGGCGGAUCGGAUGGGAGCAGAUGUGGCGGCUGACGGCGGAGAGGGAGCUCAUGAGCAUGCUCAGUACGUCUCUGGCCGACCAGGACAUCUUCAAUGCCUUCAUCAAGCAGAACCCGGUCCUGGUCCACCAGCUGCCGUGUUUCUGGAACGUUCAGCUGUCGGACCACACGCGCUCUGAGCAGUGCUACACCGAGGUGUCUGACCUGAAGGUGAUCCACUGGAACUCCCCUAAGAAGCUGCGCGUGAAGAACAAACACGUGGAGUUCUUCAGGAACCUCUACCUGACGUUCCUCGAGUACGACGGGAACCUGCUGAGGAGGGAGCUGUUCGGCUGCCCGAGUCCGGCCAGCCUGGACAGUGUGCAGCUGCAGAACGCUCUGGAGGAGCUGGACGAGGACGACCAGUGCUACGACUUCCGGAGGGAGCGGCUCACCGUGCACCGGGUGCACCUGAACUUCCUGCAGUACGAGUACACGCCGGCCCCGGACGGCACCGACGUCACGCUGGUGGCCCAGCUCUCCAUGGACAGGCUGCAGAUGCUGGAGGCCAUCUGUAAGCACUGGGACGGCCCCAUCAGCCUGGCGCUCUACAUGUCCGACGCCGAGGCGCAGCAGUUCCUCCGCUACGCUCAGGCCUCCGAGGUCCUCAAGAACCGCAAGAACGUGGGCUACCAUGUCGUGUACAAGGAGGGCCAGUUCUACCCCGUGAACCUGGUGAGGAACGUGGCGCUGAGGAACGCCAAAACGCCCUACGUGUUCCUGACGGACGUGGACUUCCUGCCGAUGUACGGCCUGUACGAUUACCUCAGGAGGACUGUGGUGCACCUGGACAUGGCUCACACUAAGAAGGCUCUGGUGGUCCCGGCCUUCGAGACGCUUCGUUACCGUCUGUCUUUCCCUAAAUCCAAAGCUGAGCUGCUCUCCAUGCUGGACAUGGGGACUCUCUACACCUUCAGGUAUCACGUGUGGCCUAAAGGUCACGCUCCUACCAACUAUGCCAAAUGGCGGACGGCCACCACACCGUACAAGGUGGAGUGGGAGGCGGACUUCGAGCCGUACGUGGUGGUGAGGCGCGACUGUCCGGAGUACGACCAGCGCUUCGUGGGCUUCGGCUGGAACAAGGUGUCGCACGUCCUGGAGCUGGAUGCACAGGAGUUCGACCUCGUGGUCCUGCCCAACGCCUUCAUGGUGCACAUGCCCCACGCGCCCAGCUUCGACAUCUCCAAGUUCCGCUCCAGCUCCAGCUACCGCACCUGCCUGAACACCCUGAAGGACGAGUUCCACCAGGACCUGUCCAGGAAGUACGGCUCGGCCGCCCUCAAGUACCUCACGGCCCAGAGGACCAUCUGAGGACCGGCCCGAGUCCGGAGCUCGGGACACGAACUAACCGCGGCGGCGCCGCGCGGCGUGAAGCUUUACAGCCUUUGGACCUUUGUCCAGUGGACCGCCUCGAGGGCGAGACGCGGAGCGGCGGGUACCGACGGACGAGCUUUAAGGCCGGGGAACAACUUGUUCUGACAAUCAGGGCUUUUCUUCCAGGA